AUGGCGACCGACAGUGCGGUUCAGAGGGGCAACGGUUCGGUGCAGACGCCAUUGUCUUCUCAGCAGCCAGCCCAGCCGCCCUCAGAACCCACCGCCUCCGACCGCUCGCCCCCAUCACCGUCUCUCGCGCACCGCCUGCUCUCGCGGCGACGAGCCCCGCAGGUACAGGGCGAGGGGCGGGGGAAGCGCGCAGCGGGAGGGGGGAACCGCAGGAGAGGCAAAGAUAGCAGCAGCGUGGGCGAAGCAGACAGAAGAACUGACGAGCGGCCGCAGUUGCAACGACCUUCAGUAUUGCCGUCACUGCUGACGUCAGCACCGGGUGGGGCAGCAGCCCUGAACCGAAGGCUCGUGGAGGCCACGUGCCUUGCUGACGUCAUGCAGGUGGUGGCGAAUGAGAUGGCUCGCCUGCCCCCGCGGCCUGAAUGGCACGUGGGGGGUGUAGGUGCAGUGGACAGCGGCACAGGGGUGGGUGGCCACGGGAAAGGGGGGAGGAGGAGCAGGGAAGAGGAGGAGGCAGAGGAGGAGGAGAUGGAGGAGGAGAGGAGGGAGACGGAGAGAAGGUGGGAGGAGGCAGCUGCGUGCUCCCUCUUCUCGCCAAUCAACGCAGUCACCGCUCUGCACCGCAUUGCACGCCACAUGCAAGCGGAGGGCAUGUCCCCGCCCUCCCGUCUGGCCCUGGCACGCACUCCCCCCCUGCGCCUGCUCGUUUCUGCCGCCCUCCCCGCUGUGUGCGCCGCCCGCUGCAACGCACAGACCCUCUCCAACCUCGCAUGGGCGCUCGCACGCAUUGGGGGCGCAGGGGGGGGCGCGGGGGACAUGGUUGGGGGGGGGAGGGCGGAGGGGGGAGUAGGUGGGCGCGGGGUUGGAGGACGGCGCACAUGGGUGUAUUCGGAGGAGUUGGAUGCGGUGGCAGCGGCAGUGCUGCCCAUACAGCACACACUCGCCCCGCAGCACGUGGCCAACAUCGCUGCUGCCUUCGCCCUCGCCCGCCACCUCCCCCCACCCGCUCUUCUCCCCGCCCUCGCCCACCAAGCCUGCCUCGCGCUCCCCCCGCUCCCCCCCUCCUUCCCAACCACCCCCGCCCACCCCAGCGGCCGCGCGGUGCUGUCGCCCCACGAGCUGUCCCAGCUGCUGUGGGCCUUCGCCUGCCUGCACCACCCGCUGCCCCCCGCCCUCUCCCGCGCCCUUAACCGUGCAGCUGCCACUUUCUCUCCAUCCCCGCUCCCCCACACCUCCCAAUCCCCCCCCAAGCAGCGCACCACUGCUUUCUCCCACCCUCCGCCCUGCCCACUGUCGUGCCUGCAGGCGUGGUCGCCCCAGCACGUGGCGAACAGCGUGUGGGCGCUGGCCGUGCUGCAGCACACCCACGGGGCGCUCUUCCAUGCGCUCUGGGGGGAGUUGCUCCGCCGCCGGGCGCAGUUCUGUGGAGAGGGGGAGGAGGGGGAGGCGGAGGGGGAGGGGGCGGAAGGGGAACAGAGGGCUAGAGUGGGGGAGCGGCAUCUGAGUCAGCUGUUUCAGGUGGCGGUGACACUCAGGGCGGAGGGGGCAGGGGGUGCAGUGGAAGGGGGGCGAGAGGGGCAGGGGGAGGAGGGCGAGCAGGCGCGUGGUGGGGGGAGCGGAGGGGUGAGAAGAGGGCAAGAGGCGGGUGCUGGGGGGGCGGGAAGGGGAGAGGGAAGACACGAGCAGGAUGCAGAUUGGGUGUGGGAGGAGGGGGCCCGGGGCGCCGCAUCGCAGUGGAGGUGGACGGGCCCUCACACUUCACCCGAAACACUCUGA